CCCCCGGGGCCUUCCCUCUGCUCCCGCUCCUGGAACAGCGCCCCCCGGCACUUCCCCCUCGGACCUCCCAGAACAGGCCCCCUCUGAUCCCGGGUCCCCCCCCCCGGGCCCUUCUCUCUGCUCCUUUCCCUCUGCUUCCUGGUAAAGCUCCCGGCCCCUGCCCCUCUUCUCCCCCCCCGGGCUCUCUGGUUGCCCCUGCCCCUGGAGGUCUCUCCCAUCCCGUUCCCCCUUCCUUGAGCAGGGCCCCCCGGCCCCCCCUUUCCCCUCCCCAGCCUGAGGUCUCUCAUUGGCCCUGGGUGACGGGUGAGCUCCCCUGGGGUCUGACCCCCCCAUUGCCCGGGGUCCCGAUGCAGGCCGGCGGGGGCGCCGAGGGGGAGCCGGGAGGUGAGGGGGAGCGGGAGCCCCUGAACCCGGAGGCGGCGGACACGCUGGGGGUCUCCCCCACCUACCGGGAGUUCGUGCGGCACAGCUACCUGGAGCUGAUGGGUGCCAACCAGCACUCGCUGCACGCCCUCAACUGGCGCCGUCUCUACCUCAGCCGCGCCAAGCUCAAGGCCUCAAGUCGCACCUCGGCCCUGCUCUCCGGCUUCGCCAUGGUGGCGAUGGUGGAGGUGCAGCUGGAGGACUACGACUACCCGCCGGGGCUGCUGGUCGCUUUCAGCGUCUGCACGACGGUGCUGGUGGCCGUGCACCUCUUCGCCCUCAUGGUCAGCACCUGCAUCCUGCCCAACAUCGAGGCCGUCAGCAACAUCCACAACCUCAACUCGGUCAACGAGUCGCCCCACGAGCGCAUGCACCGCUACAUCGAGCUGGCCUGGGGCUUCUCCACCGCCCUGGGCAUCUUCCUCUUCCUCACCGAGGUGGUGCUCAUCUGCUGGGUCAAGUUCAUGCCCGUGGGCGGCGGCGGCAGGGACGCCGCCGUGGCCUCCACCGUCAUCAUGGUGCCGGUGGGGGUGGUGUUCGUGGUGUUCGCCCUCCAUUUCUACCGCUCGCUGGUGAGCCACAAGACCGACCGGCACCAGCAGGAGCUGGAGGAGCUCAGCAAGAUUAAGUACCAGCUGGACGGGGAGGCCACCGCGGUGCAAACUGUGUGAGGCCGGAUCCUCCCCCCACCCCGGCUCCUGACCGCAGGGGCCACCUGGAGCUGGUGGGUUCCCCUGGGGAUGGCCGGAAGACGGCGGCUGCUUGAGACGGCUGCUGGCUGGGGGAUGAUCCACAGCUGGGGUCGUGCCCAGCUGUCUCCUCCUCCUGCCUCUGCUGCUUUCGGGCUGGGUUUUCCGUAUCUCGCCGCCAGUGGGGCUGGUUUCUCCGGCCUGACCAGGCACUGCCCAGGAGAUGCCAGCUGGGAGAACCACUCCCUGUCCCCUCUCCUUCCCGGCCGUGCUUCCCCUGCUGGUAAUGGCGCCCGGCCGGCGGCUCGUCCUGGCAAGGUGGGGGGUGGGUGCGGUGUGGGGCGCGCAGGUACAGGUCGGGGGAAUGUGUAGACACAGAUACGGCCAAGCUGGGGUCUGCAGUGGGGCAUACACAGAUCUGGGGCUCAGCCACCAUUCAGGUACAGCGGUCCCGGAGCUGGGGUAGAUGCCGGGGGUUUAUUCUCAGCCACAUUGCUUCAGCGCUGCCCCCUAGGGGGGGAUCUCAGCAGCGACGGCCUCUCCAGCCCAGGGCGGCUAUGGGGAGCGGGCGCUUAUCCCAGAGGCACCUGGGCUGAGGCCCAGUCAGCUCGUGUCAUACCAGCCCUCCAGGACAGGGCUGGGGGGUUGGUAUGAUGAGGCCCUGUGUCCCUCUAAGCCAGCCAGUCCCUCUCCCCGGGGCUGGAUCAGAGCCCAUGCCCUGUGUCCUUUUCCCCACUCAUCAUUAAAUAAAAUUAAUGACUAACUAGCUGAUAUAGCAACCUUUGCUCUCUAGCCACAGCCAGAGCUCCACUGCAGAGAACAAAACAGGAGCUAGUGUUAAUGUAGGCCCUCUGAUAAUAUGGUCCCUACCCUGUCCCAGCAGAGGACAACACCCAUUGCUAAACCAAAACAAAAGCCAGCUCUGUAGGACCUGUAAUAUGUCUUGUGCUUGGCUUCUGUCAAGCAGGAACAGGGGGACAGGUCCUUAAGCAGAGCAAAGCAGACUAUAUUUUUGUAGGACCUACGAUAUGCGGCAUUGAUUGCGGAUGGGAGGGGAGCCCAUCUUGCUUUGCCAAAUCAGUGUUUUUGGUAGGACCUGUAAUAAUGUGGUGUUGCAGGUCCAGCCAGCUGCUUAACCGAAACAGCCAGCCAGUGUUUUUGUAGGGCCUAUAAUAUUUUGUCACACAUUCAGCCAAUGUGCGGGCAACUAGCUUAAUGGAAACAAACUGCAAGUGCUUUGUGUAGGGCCUAUAAUAUUGUGUGCUCCACCCUGCAGGGGAGCGAGCAGGAAAGUGUGUAUUAGCUGGAAGGACAGAACCUUGUGCAAGAGAUCCUGACAAAUUAACGUCUGCAGAGCCAUUCACAGCCAUACUGCAGUGCCUUACAAUCAGCAGCAGCCUGGUGCUGGGAGGGGAGUGGGGUCUAGUGGUCAGGGCCCUCUGAUGCUGACAGUUCGGUCCUGCACCAGGGAUUGUGGCUGGCUCCAGCCCCAUGGGCUCUGCUGGUGGAUUUUCUGGUAUUUUUGUGCCUGUCAUUUUUUUUUUUGCAGUUUGUAAAUAAACGAUUGUCUUUGGCAAAGG